AUGGCUCCCAAAAAUGAGAAAAGUUCCCUCAAACGCAGUAGAAUCAGUGCAGAUGUUGAUUCACAAGAUAUGAAAAAACUGCGACGGUCACAAAGAAUUUCGUCCCAUAGCCAGUCUUCGAAAACUCCUAUCAACACCUCUUACCUGCCUACUCCCUUGACUCAACAAAAUUCAACAGCAACGGAUAUCAAAACGGACGUCUCAUCUACUCCACCGGACGCCUCCAACCAGGCUAGCGAACAAACUCCAUCUAAUUCCGAACCAAUUCAUCCAUGGUCCUCCCCUCCUGGGGAUACUCAGGCGCUGUCACAAUUUGUUUAUCCACCCAGAGCAUUUGUGGAUGAAGUUGAAGACGAGGCUGCUGAAGGGGUUUGGGGCUAUCUAAUCCCUCUCGAUGACAAUUUCCGAGAUGCUCUCGUUCUCAGAAAGCGGCACAGUUGCGAGCAAAGAAACGGAAGCUCCAAGAGCAAGUCUGACAAAGACUCCUGGCGCCAAAAGAAGAAUCUAUCAGGCAAGCGGGCACAAUCGCCCGGGGGCUACUUGGUUGGUCGUCACCCCGAAUGUGGUAGGCAGCCGAUAAAGGGGGGUUCUAUCGCAAUUAUAGAAGAUCUGUCUAGCAAUGGUACGUUCAUCAACGAUGCUAUUGUUGGGAGAAACAAACAUCGUGAACUUGAGGAUGGCGACGAAGUCACAAUUCUAGAUGAGGCUCGUUUUGUCUUCAGAUACCCUCGGACAAGGGAGGCGAACGGUUUCCGGCAACAGUACAGAAUCCUGCAGCAACUUGGUAAAGGUCACUUUGCGACUGUUUACCUUUGCAUAGAGCGGUCUACGGGAGCUCGGUUUGCUGUGAAGGUGUUUGAAAAACGCCCUGGUGAUUCGCAAAAGUCGCAAACGGAUUCUUUGCAACAAGAAGUAGGCCUUUUGAUGGGUGUCAGCCAUCCUAAUUUACUCUGCCUAAAGGACACCUUCGAUGAGAAUGAUGGUGUGUAUCUUGUUUUGGAGCUUGCUCCAGAAGUUCAUCGAGACAUUAAGCCCGAGAAUGUCUUAGUUGCUGACAAAAAAUUGACCGUAAAACUUGGUGACUUCGGACUCGCCAAAAUCAUCGGAGAAGACUCGUUCACGACGACUCUGUGUGGGACUCCAAGCUAUGUGGCACCAGAGAUAUUGCAAGAGUCGCGCCGCCGCAAAUACACAAAGGCUGUAGACGUCUGGUCACUUGGCGUUGUACUCUACAUAUGCCUUUGUGGGUUUCCUCCGUUCUCUGACGAACUUUACACUCGUGAAAACCCCUAUACACUUGCGCAGCAGAUCAAAAUGGGUCGUUUUGACUAUCCAUCCCCAUAUUGGGACUCUGUGGGCGACAUAGCUUUGGACCUGAUAGACAGGAUGCUCACAGUCGAAGUGGAUAAAAGGAUAACAGUCGAAGAAUGUUUAGAACAUCCAUGGGUUACCGGAAACUAUCCGAGCAUUUCUGAUAGCACAGACGGGCUGACCGGAGCCCUGGGGAAGCUGGAUUUUCAAAAACGGAAAGUAAUGCGUGAGCGAACGUUGCUCAGCAAUGUCAAUGAUGUCCAAUUCAGUGAAUGCAAGGAGGGGUCUGGCACGCCAGUGAAGGUCUUCUAUAAGAACAGCGCAGGCAAACGUGUGCAUAAUCGCCCUGCAAAAGUUGGUCAAGUUCAUGACGAAGCUUCUCCUGAAGAGAAUAGCGCCCCUAACGACUUCGCCAAUCUUGGUGAGCGAGGUGACCCUGUUCUGUUCGAGGAUGAUCCGACAAGUGAUUACCAGUGA